AUAAAUCAGUACGCAUUCAGUAGCAUUUUAUCUCAUUUAAAGUAUCAUUUCAGUACAACUAACCAAAAUGGUCACAUUAUCCAUUGAAUUUAUUAAAAGUUUUCUAAGUUUAAGCGUGAUUUCAAUCUCUUUCAUAAUAAAAUUUCCGCAAAUUAUUCGAAUAUAUAAAUCAAAAUCAGCAAAAGGAAUCAGUUUGUUCUCAUUGUGCUUGGGAAUAUGUCGAUUGUCUAUAGUCGGCACGUACAAUUAUUGUCAUGGCUAUUCAAUUUUGAUGUAUCUUGAAUGUCCGUUGAUUUUAUUCCAAGAUUCGAUUUUACUUUACUUUGUAUUAAAACAUAACAAUUUACUCAAAAUUGAUGUCAUUUUGUUAUCUUUUCUGGCUUGUUUCAUAAUCUUUAUGUUUAUGGUUGGAAUUCUUCCGAAGAUCAUUUUGGAAUAUAUUAUUGUGAUAUGUCCAGCACUCAAUUUAAUAAGUCGGUUCUCACAAGUGUUUAAAAUCGUUCAGCUCAAAAAUGCCGGUGCCGUUAGUUUGAAUACAUGGAUUUUGACGUCAUAUGUUGCAUUUGCUCGAGUUUGUACACAUUUGAUGGACUCACGAGAUAAACUUCUUCUACUCAAUCCAGUGACAGGGUUUUUGGGCUCGAUAUCAAUCGUCUUUAGUACACUUUACUAUCAAAAUAAAGUGAAAAAAUCACAAUAAAAAAAAAACAACGUAUUACAUGUAUAAUCAUCGUGUUUGUUUGUAAUUAUCAUCAAUUUUUAAUAUCCAACAGCAAUACAAGUAACAAAUAUAAUUAAGCAAAUGAAAAACCACAAACGAUCUAUUACUUUGAAGAAAUCACC